GUAUCUAUAGCACUUUCUCGCCUACACACAACUCAUCAUGUUCCUUAACAAUCUACUGCUUAUCGCUUUCCUCGUGCUUGCGCUAUCCUAUACCACAACUGCACAAUGGGGUUAUGGCCAAUUCGGAUAUGGUCUGUAUGGACCACGACAAUACUACAUGGGUGCCAUUCCAAACUAUCAACCAAUGUGUCCUUGGAGUUCCUUAUUCAACAGACCUCGAGAACAUUUGCUACUGAGUCAAAACUUGCAUCAAAUUCCUUUUCUACUAUCUUGUCCAUCAAGUAGCAGAGAAACUCACGUUGUUUCACCAACACUACACGAUUGCAAA